CGCUCUCGUCUCUCCCCCAGUUGCUCCCACUGCUCUGUGCAAAUAGGAACGCUUUCUACACUGCUGCUGGUUGUAUUGACAUCCACUGAAUUGUAUUUGAAUUGAGCAGCCAUGCAGGCUAAUACCUCCAGACCUCCACCUGGAGCUACAUAUCAAGGCCAGACUUCGCCAAUGAAUGUACCAACCAAUGCUUACCCAUCUCCACAUGCCCCAUCGGCGAACUCACCAUCGUCCCUGCCACCAGCAAGAGUGAGCGAACCGUCGGCUUACCAAAGCCCAAUUCCCUCUGCAUCAGAAACCAGUCCUUCUAUGCGACAGCCAUCCUCAACACCUCUUCCACCACCCAGUGCCAUGGUUGGAUUACCACAAGACCAAGUCAACGGUAUUUCCGAUAGAGGGAAUCCUACCACUUUACCUCCCCCUUCUACGGUGCCGGCUUCUUCCUUGAUGUCUCACUCACCAGCCACCUCUUCACCUAUGAGCACUUCCUCCAUACCCGCUCCAUCUGCAUCCAUCCCCCGUCCUCCCAGCUCACCACCGCCAUCUUCCCAUGUUUUACCAUCGUCCUCCUCUGCCGCUCCCACUUCCUCACAGCAACAACAAGCUGCUGGGUACCGGCCUUUGAAUGUUCGAGAUGCGCUAAGUUACCUGGAUCAGGUCAAAGUCAAGUUCUCUGAUCAGCCAGAUGUAUACAAUCGAUUUUUGGAUAUCAUGAAAGAUUUUAAGAGUCAAGCAAUCGAUACACCUGGGGUCAUUGAGAGGGUAUCCACUUUGUUUAGAGGUCAUCCAGGAUUAAUUUCUGGUUUCAACACAUUUUUACCUCCUGGUUAUCGAAUCGAAUGUACUGUGGGCUCCAACGAUCAAGAUGUCAUUCGGGUCACCACGCCAACCGGCACUACUAGCACAACGGCUGGUGAUCCCCUUAAUCUAUCCCAUGAACAUCCAUCGCAUUCCCAGUAUUACCAGCACCCUCCAGGUUACUCGCAUGUACCUCCCCACACACCUGGCUCUUCUGGUUCAGUGCAGUCACCUCAUCAUCAUGGUAUCCCUCACAUGUCACAGCCUCCAAACAUAUACCAUCCUUUGAGUUCGUCUCAAACCUCACCUGGCAUGCGACAUCAGUCUGUUCAACCCCAACCUCCACAUCAACAACCUCCAUCCACACCACAACAGCAGCAACAGCAACAACAACAAGCAGGCGGUCGACGUGCUCCUGUGGAGUUCAACCAUGCCAUUAAUUAUGUUAACAAGAUCAAGAACCGCUUCUCUAAUGAACCGGAUACCUAUAAACAAUUUCUGGAAAUACUACAAACCUAUCAGAAGGAGCAAAAGCCUAUUCAAGAGGUGUAUGCUCAGGUUCAGAUCUUGUUCAAUGGCUCAGUGGAUUUGUUGGAUGAAUUCAAAGCAUUUCUUCCUGACACAUCUGGCAAUCAGACCCCCGCUUCCGCUGCUUUAUUCGAUUUAGACCAUGGCUCACCUCCCGGCAUGGGAGUUGCCAAAAAGAAGAGAAACCCUGCUUAUGCCGACAAGAUGGCCCCUACAUCGCUUACCAAGGUCUCAAAGCGUUCAAAACAUUAUCAUAAAGGCAUGGAUGGUUCUAUGCGUAAUGACCAUUUAGGCUUCCCACUCUCACCGACAUCUGCGUCAUCCAAUAAGGCCAUUGUCACCGCUGAAGAAAUUGAAUUCUUUGAUCGUGUCAAGAAGUACUUCAACAACAAGGCUGUCUAUGAAGAAUUCUUGAAGGUUCUCAACCUUCAUACACAGCAGAUCAUUGACCAAAACAUGUUGGUUGACCAGGUCGAACCAUUCAUUGGUGGAAACUGGGAGCUGUUUGAAUGGUUUAAAGCCUAUGUUGGUUAUGACGGUCGCAAUCGAUUGACUGAUAACCUUCCCGAGCUGUUGCCUAAGCCUGACCUUGUUCACUGCCAGACUGUUAAAUCUAGCCCAAGUUAUCGUGUCCUCCCUGUUGAGUGGCACACUGUUGCUUGCUCUGGUCGUGAUGAUCUCUGCUGGGAAGUUCUCAAUGAUGAAUAUGUAUCUCAUCCAACUUGGGCCUCCGAAGACAGUGGCUUCCAAGCUUCCAAGAAGAACCAGCACGAAGAAGCACUUCAUCGCUGCGAGGAAGAAAGAUACGAAUAUGAUCUCAACAUCGAAGCCAACUUGAACGUCAUUGCCUUGAUGGAGCCACUUGCUAGAGAUAUUGCAGAAAUGUCGUUGGAAGAAAAGAGUCGUCUUCGUCUACCAGCUGGCCUUGGCGGUCAAACCACCUCUAUAUAUCAACGAAUCAUUAAGAAAGUCUAUGACAAGGAACGUGGCCAUGAAAUUAUUGAUCUCCUUCAUAAUAACCCCGCCCAUGUUCUACCUAUUGUGCUUAGUCGACUGAAGAAGAAGGAUGCGGAAUGGAAGAAAGCACAGCGUGAAUGGAACAAACUGUGGCGAGAAACCGAUGCAAAGAACUUUUACCGAGCACUUGAUUAUCAAGGCGCAACGUUCAAGAGUAAUGACAGACGAACCAUCGUUCCAAAGGCGCUUGUGUCUGAAAUUGAGAAUCUUUAUAAUGACCAGAUCGAUGCAAGAGAGAAGGAAUCUGAGUCUGACAAUUCGCCCGGUGCCAUCAACAGACCCAACCAUCAGCUCUCUUAUUCUAUGACGGACAAGGCUAUUUUCAAAGACAUCACGCGAGUUGUGUUUUCCUUUUUGGAUCGACAAAGUGGUUCAGACAACAAGAGUGAUAGAGGCAAGAUUCGAACGUUUAUGAAGAUGUUCAUUCCAUUGUGCUUUGGUGUCCAAGAUAUUGUUCCUGAGAACUUGUUGCGCGAAGAUGACGAUGAUGAUGAAGACGAUGAGCCUAUGGACGACGAUGAUGAAACACGCUCUGUCAACUCGUACGAAUCCGAUGGCGAUGUUAGUCGAUCGCCUAGCUCCCGUAAGCGUGGCAAACGUGGCCGAAGUGCUCGACGAGAUGAUGAUGGAGGUCCCUCCGAUUUGCUUCGCGAUGUGUUGACUCGAAAAACAAAGGAAACCAACCAUGCUCGUUCCAGAUCCGGCUCUCCCUCUAGUGAUGAAGCCGUUGUCAAGCAUGAAGAUACGGAAGGCGACGUUGAGAAAAAGGAUGACACCGCCGACACUGAAGUGGAUGGUAAAGCCGCCGCCGAUGAUGUCACUUCAGCUGAUGCUGAAAAAGUGAACGGUAUAGAGGAUGUUCCUAUGGAAACAGUCACCAACGAAGACGACAGUAUUUUGGCUCAAGCGGCUGCUGCCACUGCACCCAUUGCCCGCAAACGAACGGUGUUCAGCCUCUUCUGCAACAACUCUUUCUAUGUUUUCUUUAGACAAUACCAGCUCAUGUAUGAAAGACUGGUUAAAAUGAAGGAACUGAGUGAACGAAUGGAAGCUGAUCCAAAGCGAUCAAGGAACCUCAACAAGACGGCCAUCGAGCUGGGUAUUCAGUACACUCGCUUUGAUGCUCUUGAUCUAGACUAUUCAAAUGGCACCUAUGGAGCUUUGUUGGACUUGAUUGACAAAUUUUUCGAUCCCGAUUACAACAUUGAACAGCAAACCUUUGAAGAAUGUUGUCGAUAUAUCUUUGGCACUGAAGCAUACAUACUCUUCACUAUAGACAAGCUUGUGUCGGCAUUGAUCAAACAGAUUCAAACUUUGUCGCAUGACACAAAGUCCUCUGAGUUGGUUCAGCUUUUCCAGAGCGACCGUGAUUUAGAGAGCACUUCUCCUCGACUCAUAUCUGUUUAUCGGUUGAGAGCUGAGGAUAUUGUGGGCUCUGACGAAAAUCUUUAUAAGAUCAAUCUUGAUAAUGAUAGCCUUCAGAUGACCAUUCAACUUCUUGGAAAAGACGACUACAUGCUUGAGACUAGUGCUGAGGACAAGUAUGAAAACUACGUUGCUAGCUACAUGGACUGGGUAAAGACAACGGAGGGCAUUGAUGAAAGUCGAUUACAACCCACGUUCCUCAAGAGAAACUUGCGUCCUAAUCUCCAUGACAAGCAUCUCAACAAACUCUUUGUAAGAUCAGGGAUGCAAUACAAGAUAUGUCGGGACACAUAUCAUAUGUUCUAUAUCAUCGGGUCAGAAGAUAUCUUUAUGAGACCACCAAGCUCCCAAACGACGGAGGUAACUGAAAUACAAAAACAACCCAAGUGGAACAGCUGGUUGGAAUCGUCUACGACGGGAUGGUGCCGUGGUUUAUCAGAGCACGAAAAAGCCGAAAAAGAAGAACAAGCAAACAGGUUACUGGGACCUUCUGGUGAUAAUGACAUGGCAUUGGACUCAUAAUUGCCAGUAAAGAACAAAAGAGACAUUUUCCCAUCCAAUUCUUCCUUUCUAAAUUUUGUGUACAGCUUUGUGUUGAUUUUUGUCUGACUCCGUCGAUGAUUUCUUUAUGUUAUAUUUCAUUUCUUCUUGCUCUUUCGAUUGUCCUAUAUGUGUGUUUCUACAAUAAAGUAAAGACUCAUCAAGACUGGGUAUGCUUUCUUUCUUUGGCUGCUCUUUUACAUAUCCUUCAGUCCGUGUCCAAGAACUUCUUGGUGGGUAAGUCUUUGGGGAGGUAAUCCUGAUCGACGGGCUCUUCGUAGUCUGGGUUGUACUUGUACCCAGCCCCAUAUCCAAGAUUCUGCAAAGC